CGCGCACCCACCUGCUCUUCACAUCUCCUGACCCCAGCGCUCCCGACCAAGCACCGUCGCGGCAGCACGAGCUCCUCCCGAUUCGCCAUAGCAACCUCCGGGGAGGCGUGGAGUCGGCUUUCCCCACGCCGGAAUCGAAGUCGCUUCAAAUUGUAACACUUUCAUCGUAUUAGCUCUGUGGUCAUCAGUAAAGAAGAGAGAAGAUGCAGGCAUCUAGAGCAAGGCUUUUCAAGGAGUAUAAGGAGGUACAGCGAGAGAAGUCAGCUGACCCAGAUAUCCAAUUAAUAUGUGACGAUUCAAACAUAUUCAAGUGGACUGCUCUUAUCAAGGGCCCUUCAGAGACACCUUAUGAAGCUGGUGUAUUUCAACUUGCGUUUGCAAUUCCAGAGCAGUAUCCUCUGCUGCCUCCACAAGUUAGAUUUCUGACCAAAAUUUUCCACCCAAAUGUGCAUUUCAAGACAGGUGAAAUUUGCCUGGAUAUCUUGAAGAAUGCAUGGAGCCCUGCAUGGACCCUUCAGUCUGUUUGUAGAGCAAUAAUUGCGCUGAUGGCCCAUCCUGAACCAGACAGCCCACUUAACUGUGAUUCAGGCAAUCUCCUGCGAUCAGGUGAUAUUAGAGGCUUUCAGUCAAUGGCCCGCAUGUAUACAAGGCUGGCUGCCAUGCCAAAGAAAGGUUAGCUGAAGAGGGGUGAAAGGAAACAUGUACCAGUGGGGGCGUUUCAUGCAUGACUACAAGUUGUUAUGUACCUUGUGUCGUCUGUUUAUGAACUUGUGGUGCUUGUUUCUUUACCACGUAUACGUGUGUAUUCUGCGGUAAAAGGGAGAAAACAUGAAUCUGGGAUGCUUGGUGUAUAAUGUAAUGAAUCUUGUGAUUCGGUUGUUGGUACCACUAAUUUGUUGCAGUGUUCACUGUUUCAAUUAAUUUGUAUUUGUAGCA